GUGUGUGUGUGUGUGUGUGACAGUAUCACAGCACUAACACGUCUUUCUCUUCUCACUCGACUUCUCUGCAGCUUUAACCUCAUUUGAAGGAUUCCAGCAGCAGGUUUGGAUGUGUCAGAGUUUCCAGACGGCCUUUAAACGCAUCAUGAUGUAAGCGGCUGCACUGACGGGGAAUAUAACACCUGAGCAGGUGUGCUGCUGCUGCUGCUGCCAACAGGAUGUCCUGCUGCUCCCAGCGAGGAGCUGCUGGACGAUAAAACUCAAAGUCAUGACAGCAGCAGCUGGUUUAUUCUCCAUUACUCAUUUAUAUUAAUUUAUAACAGGGACCCUGAACACAUCACACAUCUAUUCAUUCCCACUAUGAUUCAUAACAGCUUCAUUUACACUGAAUGACACCAUAUGACAGCUUUAUCUAUCAGAUUAUACAGAGAAUGAUUUCUAUUCAGGUUUCUAUUAUUAAAUCUAAUCUGAUAAUCAGGUCAGAUUCUGCUUUUCACAUCAAGAGACUUUUAUCAGGUCAAAUGUAAAUAAAAGAAGUGAGGAGGUUUCAGGUUUCAGGCUGGGUGUGCCUGGGUCAAAGGUCACUGUGUGUCCUCUCCUGCUGCAGGGAUCAGGAAGAAGGAAGAGGAGGAGGAAGAUGGACGUGUCUGUGCUCAGAGAAGAGUAUCUGAGCUCCAGAGAGAGGAGGAGGAGGCACACUCAGGUGCUGCUGUUCAGGACAGUCUCGGAGGAGCUGUCCGAGGCAGUCGCCAUCGUCCCCGCCCCUCAGGGUCUGACGUUACCAUGGCCACCACCCGUGAUCUUUGACCCCGACCCCUGGCACGUCCACCUGGACCUGCACCGGCGCUCCUGCCCAGAGACAUCCAGCAGACGCUCCGGCUCGUCCUCCUCGGAGGUCGGCGGCUCGCAGCACGAGUCCAGAUACAGGAGACUCUCGGCUCCUCCGAGCAGCUCCUCAGAAACGCCUCCAUGCUGCUCCUUAAGCGCCACACGAGAAGAGGAAGAUCCAGACCCUCCAUCCUUCAGGGGCUCCAGGGGGGACCUGGCGUUUCCGGACUACUCUCUGGGCUUGACGGAAAGCUCCACCCCUAUCACCACCAGCCUGCAACAGGACCAGCAGGAGAACCGGUCUACACAGAAGGAGACCAGUAACAGCGUCCCAGAGGGGAGGAGCUCCAGGACGCUCAGGUUUACCAGGCAGCAGAGCGUGGGGGGGGCAUCCUCACACUCCCAGGUCUACUACCCGUUCCCCAGCAGGAAGACGCCGAGGAUCUCUGAGGCCGCCAAGAGGCUGGGGAUGUACUCGAGCUUCUGAGGAGGACCGGAUUCAGCAGCAGGUCGUACACGUGGAGCCUCAAAGGGAUCAAUACGCGAUCGAUCGAUACCUGAACCGAUUAAUACAUGAACUGAGUUUUUCUGAGUUUUUAAGGAGCAAAAGUUUGAUGGUCCAUCCUUCCCUGAGCUUCACAGAGGAGCUCUCAUCAUCAUCAUCAUCAUCACCUGUGACGUCUCGCUGGUUAUAAAGAGUUCAUGUUAGCGGCUCGGUCGUACAUGAAGGUUCAACAGCAUCAUUUGAAUCUGUCAGCAGACCUUCAGCUCUGUUAUUAUUCUGCAUCAAAACGUGUUUCUGGAUGAACGAAUCUUAUGGAAAUGUAGGAAAAUAAAAACGUCUCAACAUGAAAACUGAGAAAAUUACAAUAAACGCUUAAAAAUAGAUCUUUGAUUUUUUCUUAAUUUCACUUUUCGC